CAGAAUGCUUCAGCUCAGAGUUAUUUACAGAGAACUUUCAGGAUUACCACAUUCAAUGAAAUCAAAUCUGUUUUGCUUCACUGUGUGCCAGUAUAUUCCCAAUCACAUAUCUAUUUUGAAGGGUCCUUCAAUCAGAGCUGCACUUGAGUGAAUACAGAUUCAAGAGUCUGUGGUCGGUGGUCACAUCAGAAAAGUGUAAUUUAUGUGUGGCAUUUCUGUAAUACAUGUUUGGUGCUUGUUCACACUUGCCCCAACCAUUGUCAAGUUUGCUGGCUACUGUACUAUAGGAACAAGGUGGCUGUUGACUGCCAUUGGCAGAGAUACAUUUCCUCCAAUACAGCUGCUGUCUGUGUUGCCCAAUACUCAGACAGCAGGACUUGUCUCUUCACAUUCUCUCAGCUCAACUUUCAAGCUAGAUAGUAACAGCUGCCUCUGGCCAUCAUUUUUGUCCUUAAUUGUGAAUUGGGUUUUUUCCAGCUAUCCAAUUCUUUGAAAAAAAGUUGCAGGGUUGGGUUUUUGUUUGUUUUGUUUUGUUUGCUGAGAGAAUGAGGAUUUUCAUAGCCUUUGAGGGAUCUUUUGAACCAUUUGAUGUUUCAGCAGAUGAAACUGUGGAGGCUGUCAAGCUGAUAAUAAAGGAUUAUUUCCACAUUCCUCUCUCUGAAGAUGAACAUGGCAGGUGGUAUCUGGAGCUGAUGUAUGCUGGAGCAGCUCUAAAGGACAGCUGGAGUCUUGCUGAUGUUGGAAUAUCUCUUGGCUCAACUCUCAAAUGCUUUGUUAAGGAAGAAGACAAGCCAACUCUCUAUGUGUUUAAUGCUAUGACACAAGAGACAAUGCCAAUGAUGGAGAACAUUUCCCUUCUUGGUAAAAAAGUAUCGGAUCUGAGAACACUGGUAGCUCUGAGCUGUGGCUUUCCUGUGAGUGUCUUCUGUCUUCGAACCCCAAAGGGACUGGAGAUGUAUGACUGUAACACCCUCAGGAACUACCAGAUAGACAUCGGCACAACACUUUGUUUGGAUGUCUGGGAUGGAUGGAAGGAAUUUCUGAUGGGUUGUCUUCUGGGACAAAAACUUAAAGUCCAAUGCUAUUUAUCAAAUGAAGGACCAGUACUCAAGUAUCAGAAAAAGGUAGCCCUGUACAUCGCGGCCUUUUACGGGUACAUUGAGCUCACUGAAUGGGCCCUCAAACAGGGCGUGCGGCCCGAAGAAGCUGUCGGUGUUCACCCCUACUGAGCAUGGUGCCAUGAAGCCCUCCAUGCAGAUGUCUCUAAAUGCCCCAUUCAUGCAGCUGCAGAAGCUGGCCAACUGUUGAUUCUGAAGGCCUUUGUCAACUGCAGCGUGCUGUGCCUGGAAUGUAAAAAUGCAGCGGGACAAAUUCCCCUGACCAGCCUUAAACACAAGCAUAAAGAUUGUGUAUUAUAUUUAUUGAGUAAAAUGUGGUCCACAGUUUCUUUUCCAAAAAUUUCAGUCCCCAUGAGGAUUUAUAUUAAAAUAAAACAAUGGGUCCUCAGAGCUCAGAGUCACAACCUUAAUAAAAGCCAGCUUUGUGGAGCAAGGGUCUUUGGGGCAAAAGUUGGAGACAUCAUGAUGGUGGAUGGUUUCACCACACCAAAAAUGACCUCCAAAAGCUGGCAUAAGGCUAGGUACAAGGACUCGCAAAGCUCUGUGUGCAAGCUACCACCUCAACGUGAAGAAACUGCAAGCAGGAAACCGGUCAAUCCUUUGGCAAUUUCACAGCAGGAUACAAGACAACAAACCUUGAAAUUGCCUCCACUGGUAGAUGCAAAUACAUUCUCUGAAUUACAAAGACAACAACAAAAUCAGAAAAAAAUUACUGCAACAGCUAGGAAAAAAGAAAAGCUCAUAAAAAAUACAGAUCUCCCCCAAGCCCCCCUCCCUCCAGUUUCAAGAGUGGGCUAUUCACACCCAUCUUUUUACUAUACAACACCCAGUGCUGCCUUUUUACUCAAAUCCUCCUUUGCCUAUUUCUCAGAGCACAGUGGUUAAGACUCCAAGGAGAUCGCCAUCUACUGCUUAGCCGUGGCCAGUGCCUUUAAAGAGAAACGAUGGCUUCAGCAGUUGGGAAUAGCAAGAGUUCUAGCCAAAAAGAGCAUUUCUAACCUGACUACACAAGAAGACCUAAUAGCACGUGAAAAUCCUCCCAAAAUUGUGCUUUGAAAAGUCAUGACAAUCUCAAUUUGGGCAAAGACCUGUUUCUACUUCUCUGAUUAAAUUUUUCAUCUGUCAUCUAAUGUUUUGGACAUAUUAUUCAUAGUUAUUUUGGAGUCCAGGCCUAAUAACUCUAUUAUCUAUACUUCCUUCAUUCAGAUCUUAUUCCUAUUUUUUUAUUACCUAAUAUAUUCCAUUCUAUGGAUACACCAUAAUUUACCUGUUCAACUAAAUGUAUAUCUGGGCUCCAGUUUAUGUUAUUGUGAAUAAAACUGCUAUGAACAUUAUUGUAAAGGUCUUUUCCUGGACAUAUGCUUUCAUCCCUCUUGGGCAAAUACUUAGGAAUGGAAUUGUUGGAUAAUAGAGUAAAUGUACAUUUAAAAUUGUAAGAAAUUGCAUAAUAGUUCUCUGAAGUAGUUUUAUGAUUUUAUACUCCAUUAACAAUGUACAAAUGUUAAGGUUGCUCCACAUACUAGUCAAAAUUUUGUCAUCAGUGUUUUUGAUUUUGUUAUUCUAGUGGGUUUGAAAUGGCAUCUCGUUGUGGUAUUAAUUUGCAUUUCCUUGAUGACUAAUAAUACUGAAUGCUUUUUCAUGUACUUAUUGGUCAUUUGUAUAUCUUCUUUGUGAAGUAUCACCUCAAGAGUUUUGCCCAUGUAAAAUAUUGGGUUAUUCAUCUUUUUUUAAAAAGAUUUUAUUUUAAAAUCUUUAAAAAUAAAGGGUUUUUUUUUU